GAAGUGUCUUCUGACCCAAGCAGGCAAGAGAAAGAGAGGCGGCCCGGCGGGCCGGGCUUCCCUAACCAGACAGCCUUAGUUACGUCCCAGCCUUCGUUAGCAACUUGGCGCCUCCACGACUGAGAUCACCUUCCCGCGGGGGAGUUUAGCGCCACUGGCUUCACGGAACCGCGCUUCCUAGUGACGUCAUAUCCAGCAACUUCCGGUUCCCGUUCCCGGAGUUGGACUCUCAUGUGCUGGAGCUGCCAGUCCUUUCUGGGCUCCAGCGGGCUUCUGGUGGAGGAGUUUGACCUCUGCGAGGACAGAGCAGAAUCAGCAUCAGCCUCCAUCCCUAUACAAAGAUCAAGACCCUUGAAACCACUGAGCUUAUGCCUUACAACACAUGGGGAAAGCAAAAUGACAAUGAAAAAGCACUCAACUAGCGUUGACUGAGGAUCUAGAUAAGAAUUCAGAGAUGGUGGCAUCCAGCACGUUCUAUCUAAUGAACACUUCAUAACAUUUGCUCUUGAUUUAAUGGUGGUGGAAGCAAUGACCUGGUGCCUCAUAACCAGCAUCAGUUGAAAAUGCAUUCUAUUGUUUUAAACAGGCAAUUAUUCAGACUGUCAUCAUGGGUAUCCGAGGACUAAUGAGUUUUGUGGAAGAUCAUAGUAAUGAAUUCUUCACAGAUUUGAAGUUGCGGGACACAAAAAUUAUCAUUGACGGCUAUGCUCUUUUCCACAGACUUUGUUUCAAUUCAAACCUGGAGCUCCGGUAUGGAGGGGACUAUGAUUCUUUUACAGAUGUUGUACAAAAUUUCUUUGAAUCACUGUUUGCAUGUAAUAUACAUCCAUAUGUUGUAUUAGAUGGAGGAUGUGACAUUUCUGAUAAAAAGCUUACCACUUUAAAGGAUCGUGCUAGAGAGAAGAUCCAGACAGCCCAUUCCCUUUCACUUGGUGGGGGUGGGUGUGUGUGUCCCUUACUCAUCCGGGAAGUGUUCAUACAGGUUUUGAUCAAGCUGCAGGUAUGUUUUGUCCAGUGCUUUUCAGAAGCAGAUCGGGACAUUAUGACACUUGCUAAUCAUUGGAAUUGCCCUGUUUUAUCAUCGGACAGUGACUUUUGUAUUUUUGACUUGAAAACUGGGUUUUGCCCAUUAAAUAGCUUUCAGUGGAGAAAUAUGAACACUAUUAAGGGCACACAAUACUAUAUCCCUGCUAAAUGCUUUUCCCUUGACGCGUUCUGCCGUCACUUCAACAAUAUGAAUAAAGCUCUUCUACCUCUCUUCGCGGUGCUAUGUGGAAAUGACCAUAUUAAUCUGCCUAUCCUGGAGACAUUCUUAAGUAAAGCACGUCUUCCUCUUGGAGCUACCAGUUCUAAGGGGAGGAGACACCACCGAGUUCUGAGACUUCUGAAUUGGUUGUCUCAUUUUGACAACCCUACUGAAGCACUAGAUAAUGUUCUGAAAUAUCUCCCAAAAAAGGAUCGAGAAAAUGUUAAGGAACUUCUCUGCUGUUCCAUGGAAGAAUACCAGCAGUCCCAGGUGAAGCUACAGGACUUUUUCCAGUAUGGUUCUUAUGUCUGCCCAGACACCUUGAAUCUGGGUUUACCAGAAUGGGUACUAGUGGCUUUAACUAAAGGCCAGCUAUCUCCUUUCAUCAGUGAUGCUUUGGUCCUAAGACGGACCUUUCUUCAUACACAGGUGGAAAACAUGCAGCGACCAAAUGCCCACAGAAUAUCUCAGCCCAUCCGACAAAUCAUCUAUGGGCUUCUUUUGAAUGCUUCACCACAUCUGGGAAAUGUGUCCUGGAAUGCAGUGCCUCCUCAGCCUCUAGCUUUCAGUGAAGUGGAAAGGAUUAAUAAAAAUAUCAAAACAUCGAUUAUUGGUGCAGUAGAACUGCCCAAGGAUCAUUCUGACUUAAGCAAAUUGACUGAGCUCUCCUUGGGUAGGCGACAGAUACUUCUGUUAGAAACCCUGAAAGUGAAACCGACCAUCCUGGAGCCAAUUCCUACUUCAUUGAAAUUGCCCGUUGCUGUCAGUUGCUACUGGUUGCAGCACACAGAGGCCAAGGCAAAGCUGCAUCAUCUACAGGCCUUGCUGCUGGGGAUGCUGAUGGGGCCCUUGCAUGCCAUUAUCAAUAGCCCUGGAAAUGUGGACCCCGCACCCAGGCAGGCUCAGUGCCUUGCUGCUCGCUAAUUGAUAAAAGGUAAGGAAGAUCUGCAGGAAGAUGGUGCUAAGGUGUUGUAUGAAGAGUUCCAAAGAGUGAAGGAGCAGACGCGGCUGGGCACGAGACU